AUGACAAAAUUAUUGAAUAAUCCAACAAAUGAUUGUCUUUCAAUAUCAUCAUCGUCGAAUCUAUUGACGACAGCACAACCACAACAACCGGAAACAACAAUAACAUCAACGACGACCACGACCAAUAUUAAUAAUAAUAAUAAUAAUAACGGGAUGAUGAAAAAACAGCGUCCAAAACGAUUUCAAUGUCCACAUUGUCAAGUGUCCUUUUCCAAUAAUGGCCAGCUUAAAGGUCAUAUUCGUAUUCAUACGGGUGAAAGACCAUUCAUUUGUGAUCAUCAAAAUUGUGGUAAAACAUUCACACGUAAUGAAGAAUUAACACGUCAUAAACGUAUACACACUGGAUUACGGCCAUUUGCAUGUAAUGUAUGUAGUAAACGUUUUGGUCGUAAAGAUCAUUUGAAAAAACAUGUUAAAACACAUCAACGACCAUCACUACCACCACCAUCAUCAUUA